AUGCGGGAGGAGGUCGAUCCGGUAGUUCUAGGGUCUUCAGACCAAACAUUGUUUGGUCGGAGCUUUUUUGCGAAGAAGAAAGAAUUGAUUCCAGAUGCUUCUCUUGAGUUUGAAGAUAAGGCUGAUGGUAAAAGGGUUGCUGAUAUUGUCUUCACUGAUGUUGAAGAGGAUUUGGAUCAUUGUAAGGACUUGGUUAUUGGAGCUCUUGUGGGUCGUAAAUUGCCUUAUAUGUUAGUGAAGAAUACUUUGCAGAUAGCUUGGAGGAUUAAACGGGCUAUGCAUAUGACUAUCCAUGGUGAGUUUCUCUAUGUUUUUGAGUUUGAAGAUGAAGCAGAUCGUUUACAUGCUAUUGAGUAUGGACCUGUUUACAUAUCCCAACAAUUGUUUUUUGUCCGACCAUGGCAUGCUCUGAUUGAACAAGAGAUUGCAGAGAUGAAAUAUUUACCGACUUGGGUCAAUUUGAGAAAGAUCCCAUUACAUAUGUGGAAUGCUAAGGCGAUUUCUAAAAUUGCAAGUGUAAUUGGUAAGCCGAUUAUGAUGCAUAAGCUCACGGAUACUAGGGCUAUAAUGAGUUUUGCUAGGGUGUUGGUGGAGAUUGCUGUGGAUUGUGAGUAUCCUUCUUAUGUUCCUGUUUAUUAUGAAGGGAAGCAUGUGGUAGAUGUGGAGGUGGAGUAUCCUUGGAAGCCACCAAAAUGCUCUGAGUGUAAUUGCUUUGGUCAUGUUGCUGCUAAGUGCCCUUGGGCUGAACCUAAAGAAACUCCUGUGGUGACUAAGAAGACUACUGAGAAGGGUAUUUCACAGGCUUGGAUUGUAAAAGGCUCAAGGAAGUCUACUGCAAAGCUUAAUGUGGAAACUUCUAAAAGUACUAGUUCUCAUAUGGAGCAAGAAACUAUGGAUGCAGGUGGCAUCUCCCCGAGUGGUGAUAAGGAGAAUGUCUUCAUGGAGAUUGUGAAUUGUUCCGAUGUUCCUAUUACAAAUAAAUUUGAUGUUCUUCUUGAGGAAAAUAGUGGAUUUCAGGUUCUAAAUGGAGUUAUACCUAGAGGAGGGGUGUUGCCUAGUAUUGUCUCAACUUUAGUGAAUAAACUAAAUAACUCUGUAAAUGGUACUAGUUCUGAAGGUAAAAAAAGGUGUCUCUUCAAGUGGUGUUACUGGAAAAUUCCUUCCAAAAUGAGGUAG